CCGCUGUCCUGUAGUGGGUGGCGUGUAUGGUAAAGCAUUACUUUUCAAACAUGUCGGCCGUACUUUUCCUGAAGAAAUCGCUCAGCAGACUGCCAUCCUGUGCCGCUCGCCAGGUUGUCGGCUGCUGUUAUCACACCGAAAAAGGUGUGUACGGAUACCGACCCAAACAGAGCGGGGGCCAGCACAGGCUGCAGAGGGAGCGCAUCGCGGUACUGAAUCAAGAUCAUGCUCUGUCCCGUCUGGUGGAGGCAUACAGAGAACAUGGGCACAAGGCUGCUAAAAUUAACCCCUUACAACCCCAGACGCCUGUUGCUGACAGUGUCCCGGAGAUAAACAUGCUGAAUGGCACCAUCAGAGGACCGCUCAACACCUCAGGUCUACGACACUUUGGCAAAGCGGAGGCCUCAGUGGAGGAGGUUCAGGCCUACCUGGAAGAGGCCUACUGCGGCCACCUGUCGGUGGAGACCAGUCAGCUGAGCAGCCUGGAGGAGAGGGAGUGGUUCGCUGACCGCUUCGAGGAACUCAAGAAGAAGAGUUUCUCCACUGAGGAGAGGAGGCAGCUGGCCAAGAUAAUGCUGGAGUCUCAGGAAUUUGACCACUUUCUGGCCACCAAGUUUGCUACUGUGAAACGGUACGGAGGAGAAGGAGCGGAGAGCAUGAUGGGCUUCUUCUACGAGCUUUUCUACCAGGCGGUGCACAGCGGAGUCACUGAUAUUAUCAUCGGCAUGCCGCACAGAGGCCGACUCAACCUCCUGACGGGCCUGCUGAAGUUCCCACCAGAGCUCAUGUUCCGUAAGAUGCGUGGCCUCAGCGAGUUCCCGGACACCUCGCCCGCCAUCGGCGACGUCCUCUCCCACCUCACCUCCUCAGUGGAGUUGGAUUUCGGAGCUGGACACCCUCUUCACGUGACCAUGCUGCCCAACCCGUCCCACCUCGAGGCGAUCAACCCCGUGGCUCAGGGCAAAACCCGAGCCAGGCAGCAGCUCAAGAAGGAAGGAGACUAUUCGCCCAAUGACAGCGCCCAGCCGGGGGACCACGUCGUCUGUCUGCAGGUCCACGGUGAUGGCUCUUUCACUGGCCAGGGGAUUGUUACAGAGACGUUGACCCUUUCAAACCUCCCUCACUACAGAGUCGGUGGAAGCAUCCACCUCAUUGUGAACAACCAAGUGGGCUACACCACCCCAUCCGAGAGAGGGAGAUCCUCGUUGUACUGUAGCGAUGUCGGUAAGAUGGUGAACUGCGCCGUGAUCCAUGUGAACGGAGAUGAUGCAGAGGAGGUGAUACGGGCCACUCGGCUGGCCAUGGACUACCAGCGGCUUUUCAGGAAAGACGUCAUCCUGGACCUGAUCUGCUACCGUCAGUGGGGCCACAACGAGCUGGAUGAGCCUUUCUUCACCAACCCCGCCAUGUACAAGAUCAUCCGGUCUCGUAAGAGCGUCCCUGAUUCCUACUCAGACCAGCUAAUCUCUGAGGGUCUAAUGACCGAUGCUGAACGUGACCAGAUCAAGUCCAAAUACUACGGCAUGCUCAACGACAAGCUGUCCAACAUGACCCUGUACAGCCCUCCACCCACCAACCUGCAGGGCCGCUGGGGGGAUCUGGUGGAACCCCAAGCCAGAGUCAGCACCUGGGACACGGGUGUCCCCGCUCCCCUGCUGCAGUUUGUGGGCGCAAAAUCUGUGGACAUCCCUGAGCACAUCCAGCUGCACAGCCACCUUGUAAAGACCCACGCACAGGCUCGGCUGCACAAGUUGGAAGAUGGGACCAAACUGGACUGGUCCACAGCAGAGGCUUUGGCUUUCGGCUCUCUUCUCUCCCAAGGCUUUAAUAUUCGAAUCAGCGGACAGGAUGUUGGAAGAGGCACGUUCAGUCAGCGACACGCCAUGGUGGUGUGUCAAGACACUAACGACACGUUCAUCCCUCUGAACCACAUCAGCCCUGAGCAGACAGGUUUCCUGGAGGUGUGUAACAGCCCGCUGUCUGAGGAGGCUGUGCUUGGAUUUGAAUACGGUAUGAGUAUCGCACAGCCGAAGCUCCUUCCCAUCUGGGAGGCCCAGUUUGGAGAUUUCUUCAAUGGAGCACAGAUCAUGUUUGAUACCUUCCUCUCUGGAGGUGAAGCCAAAUGGCUGCUACAGAACGGGAUGGUGAUCCUGCUGCCUCACGGCUACGAUGGAGCUGGACCCGAACACUCAUCCUGCCACAUGGAGCGCUUCCUCCAGAUGUGUGACAGUAAGGAGGAGGGCGUGGACGGUGACAAUGUGAACAUGGCUGUGGUCAACCCCACCACUCCUGCUCAGUACUUCCACCUGCUGAGGAGACAGAUGAUCCGUAACUUCCGCAAACCUCUCAUUGUGGUUGGACCCAAGACUCUGCUCAGAUUCUCUGGGGCAGUUUCCAGUCUGGCUGAACUGGCUCCAGGAACAUCUUUCAGACCAGUGUUGGGUGAUACUUCAGUCUCAGCAGAAAGUGUCCAGAAGGUGGUGCUGUGCUCAGGGAAGCAUUACUAUGCCCUGCUGAAACAGAGAGAGACAUCAGCAGCCAACCAGACCACAGCACUCAUCCGUGUGGAGGAGCUGUGUCCGUUCCCGCUGGAGCCUCUGCAGCAGGAGCUCAAAAAAUACCCCAAAGCUAAAGAAUUUAUAUGGAGCCAGGAGGAGCCUCAGAACAUGGGUCCCUGGUCUUUUGUAGCCCCCAGGUUUGAAAAGCAGCUGGCCUGCAAGCUCCGGUUAGUGAGCCGACCUGCUCUGCCCGCCCCGGCCGUCGGUAUCGGGAUCCUUCAUCAGCAGCAACAAGAGGCCAUCCUCACCACUACCUUCUCCUAAGACUCCACAAGACUGGAAACCAAAGUAACCAGUGAACAAGCAUCAGUACUACUACACUACACUACAUGUUGUAUCUGUGGUGGUCUUUCCACCAUCGGCGCCAAAUGUGCAAGGCUGCAGCACGGCGGCAGUGUGUAGGAUUUAGUGGCAUCUAGCAGUGAGGUAGCUAUGUGAAUACCCCUCACCUUACCCUCUUCUACAGUGGGUGCAAAAAACCCGAAAGACGCUCUCUGGAGUCAGUGUUUGGUUUGUCUCUACUGGGCUACCGUAGAAACAUGGCCGACCCAAACCCUCAUUCUCAGAGCUCAUUCUGAGGUGACAAAAACACACAAUUUCUUCUUUUCAGGUGAUAUUACACUAAAGAAAACAUCACUCUGAAUAUUAUAUUCCAUUUCUGCGUAUAGAUGCACCUAAAUCCUACACAGUGAACCUUUAAGAUAAUGUGGAUUGUGCAGUUACAAGAUAAAUUGAUCAAUGACAUAAAAAACUUAAAGAGAAUAAUGUUGAUAAUUUUAUUUGUACUCUUACAGUCAAAAGCAGGUUUGAAUUAUAAUGUUUGUGAUUUGAAGGCAAAGCCUGAGCCCCAUUCUCUUAUUGACUAUGCCUCUAUUCUAUAUGUGUGAAGUUACAAAGCAAUAUGGCAAGAAAAGAGAUGAAUCGAGGCCUUAGAGCCGAUGUUUACAGCGUGAUUGUAGUAAAGAAGCACUUAUACCUGACCGUCACAUUUGCAGCACUGGUGACUGUUUCUUACCUGCAUCAAGCCUGCAGACUUCACACGUCAGGAGUCUGAACUGUUUAGUCGUCUCAUGCGUUCGGUCCACAUGAGUUGUUAAUUUUUGUACUGUUCUUAACAACAAAUACCACUCGAAGUUGUUAGAAAUCUCUGAGCAUUAUCUUUUAAGUAUUUAUGUAAUGGGAGUCCUGUAACUGGAUUUUUGAACAAUCAAAGAGAGUUGUUACCUUUUUGAUUGUUAAACGUUUAUCCAACCUUGAGUUAGAUGUAUUUGGACAUUUCCUGGUACGCAUUUGAGAGGUGAGCAUUUUUACUAAGUGGUUUAAACUAAGACUUGACCUAAAAAUAAAGGCACUUAAUGGUGAAUGCAACUAAACCAAAUCUGAAUGUUCGAAUGGAAAUAUUUUCAAAUAAAUCUAUUUUCGUGUUUA